AUGGAUUCAGAAGGAGAAGGCAAAGUCAUUGAGCAAGAUGCCUCAGAUUUAGGCUGGAGAUGGGUAGCUUACUGCUACUUGGAGGCAACUUCAGGAAACAUGAUUUUCAAGCCAGGGUCGGUGAAGGUAGCUUUUGGGGAGAUCAUACCCCGAAACCAGAAGGCCAUUGCUAACUCCCUGAAAUCUUGGAAUGAGACACUUACUUCCAAGUUGGCUACUCUCCCUGAGAAACCCCCUGCUAUCGACUGGGCUUACUACAAGGCCAAUGUGGCGAAGGCUGGCUUGGUAGAUGACUUUGAGAAGAAGUUCAAUGCCCUGAAGAUUCCUGUGCCAGAGGAUAAAUACACUGUUCAGGUGGACGCUGAAGAAAAAGAAGAUGUGAAAAGUUGUGCUGAGUUUUUGUCUCUCUCAAAGGCCAGGAUUGUGGAAUACGAAAAACAGCUGGAGAAGCUAAGGAAUAUAAUUCCGUUUGAUCAGAUGACCAUUGAGGACCUGAAUGAAGCCUUCCCAGAAACCAAAUUAGACAAGAAGUAUCCCUACUGGACUCACAAGCCAAUCGAAAACUUAUAAACUUGAGGUGGGGAG